GCAGUGUGUAUUCUUGACGGCCUCUCAAAUGACAUAGCUCCAUGUGUUGCAGGACAUAUAGUGUGUACGUUGAUGGAGGACAUCACCGUCGCCGUCGUUCCAUGCAUCAUAGGGGUGAUUCUCGUCACGUGCGGUUUCACCAUCAAGCGCCGAAAGCUAAUCUCAGGACAUAACUCGUCCACAGAUGUAAACGUCUCAUCACCAGAGAGGAAACCAGCCGAUAAAGAAGGAUCGGAACCAUUUUACGCCAACGUGGACGACUUGAAGCCAGAUCCUGGGCGACCAGUUGGCGUCAGGUCAAGCCAUACUAACACUAAAAGGAAGAAAGGAACAAGGGCAUCUCACGCUGUUCAGUCCUCUAGGUGUAUGCCCGAGAUACAGAGUAUUGUGUCGGAUACAUGCAGCAUCGACUCCAGUGAGGAUGGCGGAGAAGGACAUCAGUCAGAACACAGCAUAAGUCCAUCAAGUAUAUAUUGUAAUACCCAGAACCUUACAUCAGACACGGCAAUCUACUCGAACUGCUCGGUCGACAGAUCCCAGGGUAGUGUAAGACUCAUUCAACCAGAUCACUACACCUACCUAGACACUGUGCAUCGCCCCAUGGAAGCAGGAUCUACACAGCAGAGUGACAUCUAUGUUAAUACUAACGUACCUGCUCAGGGAGGAUCUACAGAACAACCAGACAAAUCCACUUACUUAGACCCUUUGCCCGGUUCAUCAGUGCUGGGUAUUCAAUCUGAAAGUGACUUGUAUGAUCUUCCAUACGCGUUCACAAGAAACCGUAAUGUACCCGUGUCGAAACAUGAUCACUAUGUUAAUAUAUUCCCAGCGAAAAAAGAAACGAAAAAGAAAAAGAAAAAGUCAAAUAAGAAACGUUAGUUUGUAAGAAGUCGACCCCUUUAAACGCUGAACGACUGCAUCUUCAAAGAGGACGAACAUCCGAUCGUUAUAUAUGUACAUAUGUCAUCGGGUCUCAUUUCCAUUCACAAAUGAAAACUCUGAGAGAUUGUGUCUAGUACAAAUAUAUCAUGGAUUCUAUCAUUAUUGUAUUUUAACCAAAUGUGAUUUGGCUGGGCAUGUUCAAUAGUCAAGCAAAGAAUACGUGAAAGCCGUGUCUGUUUAAAAGUGUAACAUCCCGCUGUUUUAGUGUAGUAGUGUUCCAGUCGGAAGCAUUGUUUUCUGUAAUGCAAGUCAUUCACAUUCAAACAGUGUUGUUAGCAUUUCAUGAAUAAAUUGUAACUAUUCUU